AUGACUACUUUAGUUCUUUCUUAUGAAGGUCGACUCAAAGAAGCACAUAAAAUAUUAGAGAGAAUGAAGAUCAAACAAUUGAUGAGUUAUAACGCAGAAGAAAACAAACGGUUGAUUCAACGUAGUAGGAUGUUAGGUACUACGUACAAGAGAUGUUUUUUUGAGAAUAAGAAGCUUUCUUUGGUUCUUGACUUGGAUCACACCUUAAUCCACUCCGUGAGAAUUUGUGACGUAUCAAAGGAUGAUCAAGAUUAUCUCGACAAGAAAGCAAUUGUUGUUUCGUCCAUGCAGGACGAUAAUUGUAGGAAUGGAGAUAUUUUAUAUAAGUAUAUGGGGGCAAUAUACGUAAAACUGAGGCCUUACACAAGGGAAUCUCUUAAACAACUCAGUGACAGGUUUGAAUUAUUCUUGUAUACGAUGGGCACGAGGUUUUAUGCAGAAGUAAUGGGAAAAUUACUUGAUCCAGAUGGGGUUAUCUUUAACUCGAUUGUAUCGAAGGAUGACUCCACGAUUAAAAAUAGAAAAAAUAUGGAUAUAUUGGCCGGACCUGACGAGAAGAACACGAUAAUAAUAGAUGAUAACAAGUAUGUGUGGGAAGAGCACCAGAAUAAUUUGAUACAGAUAGAUAAAUAUACGUACUUCACUGAAGAAAAUGGAGGACAUAAAUUGAAGAAAGAUGACCAAGAAGGUUUUGGUGAUGAAGAUGAAGCCCUAAAAUCAAUCUCAGAAGUUCUUCAAGGUGUUCAUAAGAGUUUUUUUGAGUUGUUCCCCAUUCCACAGACUGAUUUGGAGCUUCAAGAAUAUGUCGAUACUGUAGAUGUAAGGCCAGUCUUGAAGGCGUCUAGGAAAGGUGCAGGAAAUUGUUAA